AUAUGGAGUCUGGAGAGCGGCUGGUCUCCCCGUCGUCUGCUUCCUCCUCCUCCGCCGCCCCCUCCUCCCCCGCCCCGUCCUCCAAGAGCGGCCUCACACCCGGCCCCACCACCCUGGGGUCCACUCUCACCACCUGUGGACAUCUGUUCCGGGCGGGCAGCGACCAGACCUUCAACCUGUCCACGGUCUCCAGCGCCUUCCCCAUGCUCAGCCACCCGGCGUUCGGCCUGUACACCACCAGCUCGGGCCGGUCCGAGUUCGGGGGCCUGGGGACGCUCGGCGUGAGCGCGGCCUUGGCGGCGCACCCCCAGCUGGGCGCUUUUCCAGAGUGGUGGCGAAGCUCUGAGACCCACGGACACGGCUCCGCCCCCUUCUUCCCCCCGCUCCUGGGCCUGCCCCCCAUGUUCGCCCCCCAGGUGCAGAACCACGAGCCCGGCCCCUUCCAGUCCCGAACCCCCAGCACCAACGGCCGAAGCAGCAGCAGCAAGGGGGUGAACGGAGCAGUGAACGGGGGCGGCAUCCUGGCGUCCUCCAGGGGGAGCUCCACCCCCGCCGGUACCCCCACCCCGGCUCCGGCGCUCUCCGAGCGGAUGAAGACCCCGAAUUCGGCCGGCAGGGUCCAGAAGGGCAGCCCGGACGGCGGCCAGGCGCGGGAGAAACACGGCCACAAAACGAAAGACAAGAAGCUGAGCAAGAAGGGGGCGGAGAGCUCCAGCAACAGCGACAGCGAAUCGGCUUCCUCCUCGGGCACCUCGAGCGAGGGUGUGAGCAGCAGCGACUCGGAGGACCUGGGAGACGACGACGAGGACGACGACGAAGAGGAUGAUGAUCAGAGCAACGACAGUGAAGACUCGGACUCAGAAAAGGAAGCGCGGGAGAAGAGGAAGAUGAAGGUGCUGAGGCGGAGCCCCAGCGAGGGCAAGAAAGAGGGGCCCCGGUCCGUGGAGGAGGAGCUGCAGGACCGGAAGGGCAGCCAGCCCCGCGUCUUCCCCGCCGAAGCUCCUCCCCCUGCCCACCUCCCCCCGCAGCCCGCCCCGCUGCUCUUCCCCGGCUCCAAGGCCCAGGAGGAGAGCGCUCGGCAGCACCACCAGAGCGUCAUCCAGGCCAUCGGGCUGGCGGCCAGCUCCAAGCCCCUGGCCCUGGUCACCCAGCCGCGCAGGGAGGCCCCGCCCAACUGCCACGCCCCCGCGUCCAUGCCCCUCUCGCUCGCCCUCUCGCCCUCGCCCAAGCGCGCCGCCCCCUCCCCCGAGAGCGUGCGGACGGGCGGCCGCCACCCACUGCAAGAGCCCCUCUCUCACAUCGCCGAUUUCAGACUGAAGCCUCCUUUUCUUUCCCCGGAGCUGAAGAAACAGCAGGAACUCUUCAAGUCCCAGAAAACGGGGGCGACGUCGCGCCUGUCCCCUCCCAAACCGCCGCUCGGCGGUCACAAGCUAGCGCCCCUGGCGGACAAGCACUCCAACCUCUUCCUGUCCAACGCCCUCCUGGGGCAGCACCGCAACGGGGUCAUCCAGACCGCCGUCCAGGAGGCCCCGCUGGCCCUCAUCACCAAGCCCCGGGGCCAGGCCGGGGGCCCCGACAGGCCCCUCCCCCCGGCCCCGGCCCCCGGCGCCGGCUUCCCCUCGCCGGUCAACCUGAGCACGGGGGCCAAGGCCCCGCCCCCUCCGGCCGUCGUCUCCGUGGUGAGGGCGCGGCCGUCUACCUCACCGGGGCGGGGCGGGAGCCCCGGGGCCCCGCCCAACGCCGCCGCCGCCGCCGUCGCCAUGGCGAGGGCGCUGUCCCAGAGUCACCUGGCGCAGUCGCUGGUGGAGAUGUUCCGCGCGGCCGAGUCCGACAUCCCCAGCAGCAAAGACUCGGACGACUCCGCCGAGGACGAGGAGGAGGAGGAGGAAGAGGAGGAGGAGGAAGACUCGGACGAGGACUCGGACGACAGCCCAUCAGAGUCGGAAAGCAACCUGGAGAGCAACUCGGACGGGUCCGAGGAGGACGCGAAGGACUGCGGCGCCAUGGAGACGGACGCCCAGGGGGAAGACGCGCCCCUCAAACUGGUCAAGACCCCCUCCUCGAGCCGCUCGGCCGACUGCUCCCCUCUCAACCUCAUCAAAACCCCCAGCUCGGCUGCCCCCCCGGGGGUCGGCACGGGGGCUGCGGCCUAUCACAGCGCCCCCUCCUCGUCUUUCUCUCUCGCCACGCCUCCAGGGUCCGGGAAACGGCGGAGGGUGACGGACGAGCGGGAGCUGAGGAUUCCACUGGAACUAGGGUGGCAGAGGGAGACGCGCAUCCGGACCCUGAACGGGCGCGUGCAGGGCGACGUGUCCUACUACGCCCCCUGCGGGAAGAAGCUGCGCCAGUACCCGGACAUAGUCAAGUAUCUAUCCAGAAAUGGAGUAAGUGACAUCACGCGCGAUAAUUUUAGCUUCAGUGCAAAAAUCAGGGUUGGUGACUUCUAUGAAGCCAGAGAUGGAUCGCAGGGGCUGCAGUGGAGCCUGCUGAAGGGGGAGGACGUCCUCCCCCGCAUCCUGGCCAUGGAGGGGCGGAGGGGGGGGCGCCCCUCCGCCUCCGAGCGGCAGCAGCAGCAGCAGCCGGGAGACGGCCCCCGCUCCCGGCGCAGGAAGGGCCGGCCCCCCAACGUGGGCGAGGCCGACGCCCCCGGCGCCAACAGCGCCAAGCUCCUCCGCAAGCUGGAGGCCCAAGAAAUCGCCCGGCAGGCAGCUCAGAUCAAAAUGAUGCGGAAGCUGGAGAAGCAGGCCCUGGCGCGAGCAGCCAAAGAGGCCCGGAAGCAGCAAGCAAUCAUGGCUGCCGAGGAGAAGAGGAAGCAAAAAGAACAAAUCAAGAUUCUGAAACAACAGGAGAAGAUCAAACGAAUUCAGCAAAUCCGAAUGGAGAAGGAGCUUCGGGCCCAGCAGAUUCUGGAGGCGAAAAGGAAAAAGAAGGAAGAAGCAGCAAAUGCCAAAAUUUUGGAGGCUGAGAAACGAACAAAGGAGAAGGAGUUGCGGAGGCAGCAAGCUGUCAUGUUAAAGCAUCAGGAGUUGGAGAGGCAUAGACUAGAUAUGGUAUGGGAGCGUGAGAGACGAAGGCAGCACAUGAUGCUGAUGAAGGCGAUGGAGGCUCGGAAGAAGGCCGAGGAGAAGGAGCGCUUGAAACAGGAAAAGAGGGAUGAAAAGCGACUGAACAAGGAGAGGAGGCUGGAGCUGAGGAGGCUGGAGCUGGAGAUCGCCAAGGAGCUGAAGAAGCCGAACGAAGACAUGUGCCUCGCCGACCACAAGCCCCUCCCGGAGCUGUCCCGGAUGGCGGGCCUGGUCCUGCCGGGCAGCGCGUUUUCGGACUGCCUGAUGCUGCUGCAGUUCCUGCGGAGCUUCGGGAAGGUGCUGGGCCUGGACGUGGGCGCGGACGUGCCCACGCUGGGGGCCCUGCAGGAGGGCCUGCUGAACGCGGGCGAGAGCGUGGGCGAGGUGCAGGACCUGCUGGUGCGCAUGCUGUCCGCCGCCGUCUGCGACCCGGGCAUCCCGCCGGGGCUCAGGACCAAGACGGCCCUGGGGGACCACCUGACCAACGUGGGCAUAAACCGGGACAACGUGUCGGAGAUCCUGCAGAUCUACAUGGAGGCGCACUGCGGGCGCACGGAGCUGGCCGCCGUGGCCGCGAGCCUGAGGACCAAGGCCUUCCAGGCCCACACGCCCGCGCAGAAGGCCUCCGUGCUGGCCUUCCUGGUCAACGAGCUGGCCUGCAGCAAGAGCGUGGUCAGCGAGAUUGACAAAAACAUCGACCACAUGACCAAUCUCAGGAGGGACAAGUGGGUCAUCGAAGGCAAGCUUCGCAAGCUGAGGAGCAUCCACGCCAAGAAGACGGGGAAGCGGGAUUCGGGCGUGGGGGGCGAGGAGACCCCGGCGCUGGGCACGCCCGCGUCCGGACGCAAGCGCAAGCGGAAAGCGGGGGACAGCGACGAGGACGAGGACGAAGACGAGGACAGCGACGACCAGGGCGAGGAGGACGACGACGAGGAAGAGGAGGGGAAGAAAGGGAAGAAGGCGGAAACGUGCGAGGAGGAGGACGAGGGGGACCAGACAGCCAGUGUCGAGGAGCUGGAGAAGCAGAUAGACAAAUUAACGAAGCAACAGAACCAGAUCCGGCGCAAGCUGUUCGAGGCGUCCCAUUCGCUGCGCUCCAUGAUGUUCGGGCAGGACCGCUACAAGCGGCGCUACUGGGUGCUGCCGCAGUGCGGCGGGGUCUUCGUGGAGGGGAUGGAGAGCGGAGAGGGUCCAGAGGAGGUAGAGAAAGAGAGGGAGAGGCUGAGGCGGGCGGAGGAGCUCCAGAUCAAAGAGGAGCCCCCCGAGGUGGUGGAGGAGAAGCCGCUGGAGGCCGGCCUGGAGCUGAGCUUCGAGGGGGAGCCCCCGGAGGGGGGGAAGGAGGAGGAGGCCUCCCCGAACCUGUUCCUCCAGAAGCCCGACUCCUUCUCCAAGCUCAGCCAGCUCCUGGAGGUGGCCAAGCUGUCCCCGGAGUCCGAGGAGCUCGGGCAGAAGGAGGACGGCAGCCCCCGGGCGCCCCCAACGGCCUCCCCCUCCCCCUCCGGCACGGCUCUCCAGGCGGGGCUCCCCGGCACCCCCCCGCCGGGCCCCGCCCAGCCCUGCGCCGAGGCCAAGCCCGACCCCGCCCCCUCCCCCUCCCACCUGAGCAGCCCGGCCAAGCGGGGCAGCCCCCACCCGCUGCUGCCCAACGACCAGCUCCUGCGCGUGCUGACGGAGAAGAGCGGCCACUGGUUCAGCCUGCUGCCGCGCUCGCCCUGCGACGACUCCUCCCUCACCAGCGGCCCCGCCCCCCGGCCCGCCUCGCCCCGCCCCUGCUCCUCCUCCUCGCCCGCCCCCCCGCCGGCCUCCGGCUCGCCCGGCCCCCACGGCGCCGCGGGGAUGGGCAGCUUCGCGUUCUCCGCCGUGCAGGUGAAGCCGGGCGUGCACCUGAUGGGCAUCCCGUUCUGCGGGUGGCCCGGGGGCAUGGUGAGCCCCAACCUGCCCUUCUCCAGCAGCCCUCUGCCCUCCAUGCUGGGCGGGGGGUACCCCCUGCUGGAGGGCAACGCCAGCCCCUUCCUGGCGCCCAGCGUCUCCACUAGCAAGAGCGACUCGCCGGCGCCCUCUAGCGAGAAGCCCCCGUCUGCCCCGUCCCCGGUGCUGGAGGUGGCCAAGCCGCAGGACUACCCCGACCCCCGGCCCAUUCCAGAGGAGAUGCUGACGGGCUGGUGGAAGGUAUCAGACAUGGAGGAGCUGCGCUCCCUGGUGAAGGCUCUGCACUGCCGCGGCGUGCGGGAGAAGGCCCUGCAGAAACAGAUGCAGAAGUACAUAGAGUACAUCGCCCAGGCCAGCGCCAGGAACAGAGACGUUUCGGCCAUCGACCCCAGCGAGGCGGAGGAGAACCAGGUGACGGAGGAGACGGUGGCGGGCUGGUGCGUGGAGGAGCAGGCCAUGGAGAUGGACAUCGCCGUGCUCCAGCAGGUGGAGGAGCUGGAGAGGAAGGUCACCUCCGCCAGUCUGCAGGUCAAGGGAUGGAUUUACCCCGAGCCUCACUCGGAGAGGGAGGACCUGGUCUAUCACGAGCACAAGCCCUCCUCCGAGCCGCGUCCGGCAGGGGGGGACAGGGAGGCCGGGGAGGGCCGGGAAGAGAAAGACGGCGGCGGCGGCGGCCGCAGCGGUGGCGGCCAUGCCGGCGGGAUCGUACGACGCGUCAACAACCCCCUAGAUAUAGCAGUAACCAGACUGGCUGAGUUGGAGAGGAACAUCGAGCGAAGGUAUCUGAAGACCCCCUUAGGUACCACCAUUCAGAUCAGACUGGAUAAUGUGGGUACAGUCACAGCUCCUGCACCAUGCAGCAGUGCUGAUGGUGAAGGGGGUGAGGAAGACCUGGCUCCGGGGAUGAAGGUGUGGCGCAGGGCGCUGGGCGAGGUGCGCAGCGGUGCCCAGCUGGCCCUGUGCAUCCAGCAGCUGCAGAAGUCCAUCGCCUGGGAGAGGUCCAUCAUGAAAGUGUACUGCCAGGUUUGUCGGAAAGGAGACAACGAGGAGCUGCUCCUGCUUUGCGACGGCUGCGACAAAGGCUGUCACACAUACUGCCAAAGACCCAAGAUCAGCACCAUACCGGAGGGGGACUGGUUCUGCCCUGCCUGCAUAUCCAAGGCAAGUGCCCAGUCCCCAAAGAACAAAAAGCUUCCUAACCGGUCUGGAGGAGGGGGAGGGGGGAAGAAGAGCGCGGACGUCAAGCGCAACAGGAAGCUGUCGGCGGCCGGCGAGGUCUCGGAAGAUGACGCCGCGAGCGCGAGCAGCACUCCGAAAAAAGGGGCCAAAGAGGCCAAAAAGAGGAAAGGGGAGGAGGCGCCCGCGGCCAGCCAGCCAAAACAGGACAGCCCUGCCAGCGCCAAGAAAGCCAAAACCGCCAGAGACACCGCCAAGGACCUGGCAGCCUGCAGUGUCCUGCUCUCCGAGAUGGAGGGACACCAAGAUGCCUGGCCCUUCCUCACCCCCGUUAACCUGAAGUCUGUUCCCGGCUACAAGAAAGUCAUAAAGAAGCCCAUGGACUUCUCCACCAUCCGCGAGAAGCUCGGCAGCAGCCAGUACCAAAAUCUUGAGACGUUCAUAGCCGAUGUCAACUUGGUUUUCGAUAACUGUGAAAAGUUUAAUGAAGAUGACUCCGAUAUCGGACAAGCUGGGCACGGCAUGAGGAAGUUUUUCGAACGAAGACAAACCGAACUCUUUAAGACGAACUAGGCUUGUUUGGACUUUACCUUCACCGCCUGGGACCAGCUGUCUCCAUAUUUCCAUAUCCAGAGUUGAGGGUUCGCGCACCGUACCGAGCUAAAGCAAGCGACUCGCCUCUCACUCUCAAUACCCAGGGCUCCUAAAAGUAAUCGUUACCUAAACUGAUUUACAACGCUGGUUUGGCUAGAACAGGAAACACUCACCCAAAGAGACAGGGGGUGUCUUAGUGCAAUACCAUUUCCUUUAAAGAACCCGCACUGAACUUACCACCAUCAGAGCUGUAAUCAGGAAAGAAUUCUUUCCAGUACCUGUAAAUAUAUAUUCAUUUUGUUUUUGUUUUUUAUUAAUUAUUUUUAUUUACUUUAUUGUUAAUAUUAUAGUGAAUGUAUUUAAUUUGUUAAUUAUUUAUGAGUGAAAAAGGUCCAGUCUUCAUUUUCUAUGAAAAGGAAGAAACAGCAAAAACUGCUUUAAAAAUCUAAAGGAAUGUUUUUCAAAUAUAAAACAAAGCCAAGAAAAAAAAAUGAUACUGUUUACACUGUCGGUGCCUCCAGGCACUAGAAGAUUCAUUACGGUGACACUGUAAAGCUGCACUUAUAUAUGAAUUUGUUUUUGCAUCACUUGCAAAACACAGCGAGGCAGCGUACACAUCUGUAUAUACUGUUCAUUAAUGUUAAUAUUAAGUCUCGUUUGGAAUAUGUAUGAUGUGUACAUAUCGUUUCAGACAUCAAAUAUUGUCCAUGCCUUAGAAUUACUGUAGCAUUUUCUUUUAGUCUUAAAAAAUGAUUAUACGUAUAUCGCCUGUACAGUACGUUAUCCUCUGCGAAACACUGUGGUCUCCUUAAUCUUGGUAGUGCCUGCCUCUCCAACAGGGUGUAGGGGAUAUUGUUUUGGUUCCCGUUUUCUAUUUUUUUAAAAAACAUUCAUUUUAAUCCUCCCAGGCCUCAAAAUUUUGACAUGAUCAUUUCUAUCCGUAUGAGAUAUAUUGUGACGCACAGUAUUUUUUCGUAAAAAAAAAAAAGAACAUUUCCCUCCGCGCGCCUGGCCAGCCGGCCCCGGGACACACGGACGUUUGUGACCUCUGUGUUUGGAUAUUGCUGUGUGUCGCGGCCUGCCGGAGGCCAAUAGAGCAGAUUUUUUUGUACCUGAGUCAGAGUACUUGAAGUUAUUUUAUUUAAAGAUAUCGUGGAAGAAGGUAGCAUUCUUUUUGUAGGAGUAUUAUUUUUCACUAGUGUGUGUGGCACGGAUCUAAUAAAAGGAUGUUUUUCAACCCAGUA